CAGCAACUCGCGCAGUACAGUACUCGUACGUAAAAAAAUCAUACUCACCAGCAACUCGGCGCUCCGGAGGCACUCUCUGGAACCGCUGGCCGACCAGACCCCAUUCCCACCAGAACCAGACCUUCGUCAGCCAUCCCCCACCGAGACGCCCCCUUACACUCCAUCAAAAUGACACCAAAGGUCUCCUCGUCAAAAGGCAAAUCAGGCACGCAAAAGUCCGGCCAGAAGUACCAAAACUCCUUCGCAUUCAAGCCCAACAAAAACAACGCCGCCGCCGUGAAGAUAUACAACACGCCCGCCAAAGGGAUUUGUCAGAGAUGUUUGGAUAUCAUUGAUUGGAGGAAACGAAUGAACAAAUACAAACCGCUAACGCAACCCAAAACCUGCCUCGCCUGCCACCAAAAACGGGUCACGGACGCCUACCACGUGCUCUGCAAAGGGUGUGCGGAGACGAGGAAGGUGUGUGCCAAGUGCCAGGAGGGGACUGAUAUCGUCCAACCAGAAGUGAAAACCCCCGCAGACCUGCUCAAAGAAUCGCAAGAGCAGCAACGGUUCCUUGCGGCCAUGACCGAGCGGCAACGGAGGUCGUAUUUGAGGAAGAUGGAGAGGGGGGAUGAGGAUGGAGCGAAGAAGAUUGUCGUGGCGGCGGAGAAUAAUGAUGAUGGCGGGUGGAGUGAUUUUGAUGAUGAUGAGGAGGACGAGGAGGAGGAGGAUGAGGAGUGAAGGGAGGAGGUGAUGCUGAAGGUGGAUCAUGAGUGAAUAUGGGGAUUAAUGGAAGUUGUAAGCAAGCUGUGCCGGCGCGGAUAUACUCCCGUAGAACGAGAGAGUUUUCGGUAUUCGUGCAAAGCCUAGACUGUACGUA